GAACUAAAUGCUUUCCGUCCUGAAUCAAAAUCCCCCCCUUUAACCCAUUUGAAAUAGGAACACCUACAUCCUUCAGCACUUCAACAAGACAUGAAAGUGGACUGCAGGCCUGAUUAUGUGACGCUGGUGUGGAGAGAGAACAGGAACCCGGUCGACCCCUCGCACUUUCGUCUCGGUAACUGUCUUCCCACCAGCUUCUCGGGCAGGGAGGUCAUUUUCACUGUGGGCUUCAACGACUGUAACUUCAGGAGACUGGUCACUGGGAAUCAACUUAUACACAGCAAUGACCUGAUGCACAUCUCCUCUCCAGACUCCCACGAACUCUCCUUCACUCACCAAGUUGUGUGUUCGUAUGAGAGGCCUAAAGAUUGGUACCCCCCCACCUACAACCCUGUGUUCAAUACAUUUGGUCAAGGAGCGAUGGUUUUUCAUAUUGGACUAAUGAAUGAGGAUUUCUCAGGCCCUGCUGAAUCCACCAGUUUUCCUCUGGGCUCCUUCAUACCCAUCAUGGCGAGUGUUGAGCUACAAUCCCAUCAGCCCUUGCUGCUGCUUCUUGAUGAAUGUGUUGCUGCCGCCACGCCAGAGCUGAAUCCUGGAAGUGAUUUAUACCCAAUAAUCACAAAUAAGGGAUGUCUUGUGGACAGCAAGACAUCCCGUUCAAAAUUUGAACCAAGGCAAAAGACAUCUGAGAUCCAGCUGUCCCUUCAAGCGUUUAAGUUUGCCAUUGGAAAAGAGGUGUAUUUGCACUGCCAACUUGUGGCUUGGGAUCCUGUUGGGCUUGACCACACAAAGAAGGCCUGCAACUACAUCAAAAAUCACGGCUGGGAGCUCGUGGAUAACCCUGCAUAUAGCAACCUAUGUGACUGCUGUGACUCAACCUGCAAGUCCAGGAAGAUGAGGAGUACAGCCUCGGGGAAGCUUGGGCUGGUAAAGAAAGCCGUCCUCGGGCCUUUCACAAUCACUGAGAACCCCUGAAGCAUCAAAAAAUGAAUCCAUCUGAAGGACUGGCUCCGACAAUCUGACUUGGUUUUUAUUGUUUCCAGCUUUGAAAAGCUUGGUUGCCUCUUUGCAUUUCAGAUUUGAUGC